AUGCCGCCCAAGAAAGCGCGCUCAACCUCUCCCGCGACAGGCCGCGAGCGUCUGACCCUGGCCAAACUGGCCAGCUAUGACGACGUCGCAACCGAUGCGCUGGUCGAUCACGCCUAUUUCUGGACUACCACUCGGAAGAAUCGCAACAAGUACAGCCCUGCCCGCGGGAUCCUUGACGACGAUGUUGGCCAUAUCCUCCUCCACGAGGUGGUCGUUGCAAAGGACGUCGCGACGGCUGAGCACAAACUGCUGCAGUUGUCUGGCCUGAGGAAGUACCUGGCAAAUCUGCGCAGCUCUCGAGAGAAAGAGUGGUUCCGGCGCCAUCUCCGCAAAUAUGUCCAGAUGUACCUCCCGGACUGCCCGUUCGAAGUGACCACGACGAACCGAUACAUUAUCACACAGCACGAGGCUGCUAUUUGCGCCCGCAAGUUUAUCAAAGCAGGCCAGGAGAUCAAGUACUUGGCUGGCACCCUCGUCGCCAUGACCAAAGAAGAAGAGAUGGAUCUGGGGUUGACACGGCCCGCUCGCUUCGCCAACCACGACUGCGACGCCAACGGUCGCUUGGUCACUCGGGGCACCGAGGGCAUGUCAGUCAUGGCCACUCGUGACAUUCACGAAGGAGAAGAAAUAACGGUAUCCUACGGAGAGGACUACUUUGGCAUUGACAACUGCGAAUGUCUGUGCUUAACCUGCGAACGCUCGGUCCGUAACGGCUGGUCGGCCCAGGUGGACUCGGACGACCACAGCAAGGAGUCUUCUCCCGUAUCAGUGGACGAGGCUACAACCGCGGAUCGUGACUCAGGAAGCAAGAAACGCCGUCGUGACUCCGACCUGGACUCGGAAGAUUUGUCCUCCAUCUGCUCCACUCCGCACAUGCGAGCCAAGUUCCAUCGCCAGACCUCCAAGUUGCGCGAAGAGAUCUGCAUGUCCGAGCUUCUCGCUGAAUCAACUGCGACCCCUGAGACAGACAACCCCCCGACUCCCGACGCUAACUUCGACACUGCUGUAAUCUCUACCCCCGUUGGAGGUGAGCGGCAGGUCUCCAAGCUGAGACAGGAGAUAAUACUAUCGGAAGGAGUGCAGUGCAUCUCUGAGGCAUUACUGCCAUCCACCCGGGAGAUUAAGCCAUCACAACUGAACGAUACCGGUCUCACAGUCAUUGAUAACGGCACAAUAGCUCUGAUCGACUCAAGGGAGAUCACUAACCAUCAAGACAAUGGCGCUACUGAAUGCCACUCGCCAAGCUCUACUGAUGAAUCUCAUCAGUCUUCGACAUCAAGUCUCCCAACUUCCGUGGAUGACACGGGGCCCAAGAUGAAGAUCGAAGAGUCCACAGAAUUGCACCACCUCGACCCUUCCCAAGGAGCAUCAAUCGUAGAGGAUCAUCUCGAUAUCUCAAUCACAGGUCAGCCAGAAGCAGCCACCGCUCCGCCGAGGAGUUCCACCCCCAGUGAACUCUCAGACUUAUCAGACUCGUUUGAACUAGACGAUACCCUGCAAGCUGUCAUGGAAAAGGCACGAAAGCCCCGUCGCAAGCGCAACUGGGCGAUUGUUGCUUCUGUCGAAACCGAAAUCCCCGUCGUCCGAUCCCCUGGCGACUACACCAAGACCUCACGGCUGCUCGCCCAAAAGUACGACCGCUGGGUCGACUGCCAGACCUGCGAGUUAUGGUUUGUCCAGUCCAACUCUUACCAGACCCGCCGCGAGUGCCCCCGAUGCGAGCGACACUCCAAGAUCUACGGAUAUCAGUGGCCCAAGACCGAGAAGGGCGCCGACCGCGCCGACCGAGUCAUGGACCACCGCACUAUCCACCGAUUCCUGUCUCCAGAUUCAGAGGCGCGCGUCUCCCGCCGAGACCGCGGCAUCAGCUUUGGAAUCACUCCUACCCCAGAGCUCUCGGACGCACGCACUGAAACGCCGACCAGUGAUGCAAACGAGCCCCGUCGCAACACCCGUGCCAGCCGUCGGCGGACCCGGGGGCUUCGAAUGACAAUGUAA